AUGGAACGGUACUUUCAGAGAAAGAGUUUAAAUCCUCCUUCAAAUAAUCCGGGUAGUUCAAAUCCUCCUUCGAAUAAUCUGUCUAGUUCCAACCCUUCUUUAAAUAAUCUGGCUAGUUCCAACCCUCCUUCAAAUAAUCCGGCUAGUUCAAAUCAACCUUCAAAUAAUCCACCUACUGAGUUGGAUGAAAUAUUGGCUAAUCUUCCUGUAGACCCUGGCCUUAGACCUCCAAUGACUUAUUAUAAUCCCAAUUUUCGAGAACAAAUCCGAAGAGCCUAUCUGCAAAGGGGUCCUUGUCAGCCUAAAAGCCAAAACGACAUGCCUCAAACACUUAUGGGGGAGAGUAAUCGACGUUUUCUUGUGAAAUGGUUUGAUUCAUUUGUUUGGUUGGAGUAUAGUACAGAGAAAGAUGCUGUAUUUUGUCUUCAUUGUUAUCUUUUUAAAUGCGACUUUGAUAAACAAGGAAAGGCUGGAAGCGAUGUCUUCACUGAGAAAGGGUUUAAAAAUUGGAGGAAGGGACCUAAGAAUUUUAGAGACCAUGUUGGACAAGUUGGAAGUCUUCACAAUAAAGCUACACAACAUUGUAUAGAUUUAAUGAAUCAGAAGCAACACGUUGAAACCAUUGUGAUCAAGUAG